ACCUUUCACAAAACAGGCAAUCUAUUUUUAUUGGUGUAAUCCUUAACGUUUAAGUUUCUGUAAGCAACUCAAACAGAAGCACUUUCACAAAACGUUUUCUUUUUCUUUUAUUUGUUUUUGUAGUGUUCCUCCUCCUCUUUUGCUUCCCUAAGAAGGGCACCAUGAGCAACAGGAGCAGCAGCCGGAGCAAGGGCGGCGAUGAGGGGGCGUUUAGGGUUACGAUCCCGGCCGACAUACGGCCCACCAUACAGACCAUACGGGAGACCACAGGGAGGCAGCACAGCGAUGAGGAGAUCUACUCUGUUCUUGAGGAUUGCUCAAUGGAUCCUAAUGAGACCGCUCAAAAGCUUCUUUAUUUAGAUACAUUUCAUGAGGUGAAAAAGAAACGUGAUCGGAAAAAGGAGCAGGGACAAGGGGCUAGGGGUGGUCGAGGGAACUAUUAUUCUAAUUAUAGCCCUCCUGCUGCUGGCGGUGGGAAGAAUGUGGCUCCACGAAGGGAAAAUGGACUCACAGAGAGAGGUUCAGUUUUACGGAAAACGAAAAAUAAUGUAGUACCUCAUGUGACAAAAGCUUCAACUGCUGUAUCCAAUGGCGCUUCAAGUCUAUCCAAUGGAAGCUUUAGUCAUGGACAUGUCAAUGAAUUGUCUGUGGAUGGUGUGAUUCCUGAAAGUAAAGAUAAUACUACUAUAGAUGCAAAAAAGCUGGAGACUGCACCGUUGCUACCUACUCCCACCUUUGCGUCGCUGAUUAGAGCUUACCAGGAAAAGUCCUCAUUGAGUUCUAAUCACCUUCCUAUCUCUGCCAAUCCAGCGUCUGUGUCUGGUGUCUAUUCCUCGGCUUCAGAUCCAGUACUGGCAUCACCAGUGCCUCAGAACCCUGCUGCUGUGGGCACAAUUAUGCGUGAAGUAGGGAGCCAGCGCAAAGCUGCUGAGUCUAACAAUAUUAAGGGAAACAAAAAUGUCUCCUAUGAUGUGGACUUGGAAUCAUCCAAGAGUGAAAAGACAACCUCAAACACUUCAGAUGCUAUCCACAAAAAGAAGGAUGAAAGCCAAUCAGAAGAAGUGGAAAAGAAUCAGCUGUCUGAGCCUUUACAAUCUUCUUCCUUGUCAGCCCAUGACAGUUCUUUGCCUAUCCAUUCUUCUGACAAUGAUAACCAAGCACUGCAGGAGUCUGUUACAAUUUCUGAAGAAAUUUCAGCGGUUACAACUGUCACAGUGAAAGCCAAUUCUCAGGUGCAUCCUGAUUCAUCUGUUUCUGAUGGUCAACAUGUUACUUUUCCUAGUCACUUCAAAGUCUCGGAAGCAGUGAAAAAUGGGUUGACUUUUGGAAGCUUUGAUACUUGUCUUGGAUCCGAGACAAAGGAUGUCAAUGGCACUGGUGGUGAGAUUAACUCUAUAUCUGCCACUGAAUCAUCUUCUGCAAGUGAUGAAACUGCUGGGGAACCUUCUCCUAGAAGUCGAAGCAUAUCCCCAACUGCUCAAGGGGAAAAUCUUGAUCAACCACAGGCUACGGCAUUUUUGGAUAAUGUGCCUCCAACAAUUGGCAAUAUCCCGACUGGCACAGUCCUGAAGGAUGAGUUGAAGCAGGAGAUGCCCUUGCUUCCAGAAGGCCAAGAGAAACCACCUGUUCAAAGUGUUCCAAACUAUGGUCUUGGUUUCAUGUUCCCCUCAGUUGUGAGCCAGCCUAUACAAGUGGAAGAAUCUGAGACUCAGGCAUGUGAUGUUUCUCUAAUUUCAAACUUUGCUAAUGGGGUUUCUGUGCCUCCUAGCUCAAGUCCAGCUCCGACUAUGCAAAGCUCUGUUGCUGCUCCACAGCCUGUUCAUCUUUUCAGGCAGCCUUAUCCAAGCUUCCUCCCUUAUGGCCACUACCUGUCACCUUAUUAUAUGCCACCAAUACAUCAGUUCUUGAACCCCAAUGGGCUUCCGCAGCAGCCUUCUACUGGUAAUGUAUAUUUACCGUCAGCAGCAGGAGCUGCUGCUGCCGCUGCUCCUGGAGUCAAGUUUCCUCUUUCACAGCUCAAGCCAGGAAGUAAUGCAGGAAAUCCGGCUCAUAUGGGAAUUGCAGCUGGUUAUGGUUCAUAUGGCUCUUCUCCUGUUGGUUUCAAUCCUAUUACUGCUGUGACGCCUGGAAAGUCUACCAAUAACGAGGAUCUUACAGCAUCUCAAUUGAAAGAUAAUCAAAUCUACACAACAAGACCACUGAGUGAAGGUUCAGGUGUUUGGAUACCUACAGCAGGACAUGAUUUAUCCAACAUGCAGAUCAAUCCUCUAUACAACCUUGCCCUCCAGGGACAGCACAUUGCUUUCGCCCCAGCACAAACCGGUCACAAUGCCUUUCCUGGAAUUUAUCAACCAGCACAGACAUUAGCAGCCCCUUCAAAUGUUAAUCCACUAUUGCAACAAUCUCAAGCCAUGGCUGCAGCUGUUGAAACGAUGACACUCCCAUCUGGUGCUUAUCAGCAGCCGCAGGUUGCACAGGUCAAUUGGAAUCCUAGUUACUGAUCUAGAAAAACUUCUCAUGAAAAAACUCGGUUGCUCUGAAGCUCUGGGCCGAUAUUAGUGUAAAUAUAGUACAUGUUGCUGACCUUUAAAAGUUAUGAAUGUGACAGGUGCAGGUUAUCGUUGUUCAUCUUGUUUUGGAUUCAUUUCCCUGCGAUUUCUCAUAGGUAGCGAACCAUUUUGCUUUCUUCACCUCUUGGGUUAGACUUAUUAAUUCCUUGUGAUCUUAUAGAAAGUUAAGAGGUCAAAGAGAGGAGGUGGGAUUUACCAAUUUUUUCCUUUCUGUUGUCUCACCUGUAAAUUAAAUUUUGAUAGUGAGGGAUUUGGGAAGUAUACCGCUGUAAUUGAUAUAUGGGAAUUGGCAUUUAUAUUUUAUACUGAAAUUGAUGAAUGCAGAUCCCUCUUUUUGGUCAUCA